CCCAGGUACUUACCUAGGUACGUAGCAUCCGGAUGAAACACUACCCCGCCCCCGCAUCAAAACAUCAGAAGGCAUAGCCGCCGAUUCACGACGCCAUUGUACAACCCUCUUUCAUACAAGACCAAUAGUUCCUCCUAUAUACCAAAAAAGUAAAUACACACACUAUAUUACAACGAUCCAGACAUACCCUUUAACACCGCCAACAAUGUCUACCAAUCCAACAGAACACUCCGUCUCCUAUGCGCCCGACAAACACAUCUCCUACCUCGACUCGGGCCCCCGGGACGGCCCCUUAAUCAUCUUUUCCCACGGCUGGCCGGGCUGCGCCGAAGUAUGGUCGAUGCAAGCCAGCCACUUCAACCGUCUCGGUUUGCGUACCAUCAGCGUCGACCAGCCAGGCUACGGCAACUCGAGCACUGGCGGCGCCCUUUCAGACUACCGCCUCGAAACCCUCGUAUCAGCGCUGCACGCCGUCUAUAAGGCCUCAGGCGCCGUGGCACCCGCACUGUGGAUCGGCCACGACUGGGGCGCGACCAUCGUGUGGAGCGUCGCGGCGCAUCACCCGGACAUCUGCGCCGGCGUCGCGUGUGUCGCCGUCCCGUACAUGACGCUGGAGCUUGGGCUGCAGGGCUUGCGCGAGACGAUUAAUCGUGACCUGUACCCCGCGGAUGAGCAUCCCAAUGGCCCGUGGGACUACCAGGCGUACUACGAGACCAACUUCGAGGACGCGACGCGGGGUUACGAGGCUGAUGUCGCGGCGUUUACGAAGGCCGUGCAUGUCAAGGGUAAUCCGGAGGCUUUGGGGAAACCAGCGCCCACGGCGGGAGUUUCGAAGGAAGGGGGUCGGUUUGGCCCGGGGGCAAUCCUGCCGGCUGAGGAUGCGAUUCCGAUGAAAAUGACUGUGUUUGAUGGGAAGGAGUGGAUAUGGGAUUUGUUGAGGGCUAAGAUGCUGAAGACAGGCUAUCGGUGGGGAAAUGCGUAUUAUAUGAAUCAUGGCGUGAAUCGGGCGUAUACGCUGGAGAAGAGCGUUAAUGGUGGCGUAUUGGAGAUGCCGACGUUGUUUAUCAACGCCAAGUGGGAUUCGGUGUGUAGUUCUGAUGCGAGCCCGAAGUUACCGGUCAAGAUGAGGGAGUUCUGUAAGGGUUUGACGGAGGUUGAUGUUGAUGCGGGGCAUCAUGCGCAGUUGGAAAGAUAUGAGGACGUGAACAGGGCGAUUGAGGGAUGGCUUAGGGGCAAGCUGUCUGGGUGGUAUGAUGGAACGGGAGUUAAGCUGUAGAUGGAUUCUUCUUGAAGGGACUGAGGUCGAAGGAAGUUUUGUCAUUAUAGAUUGGUUUCAAGAAGACUUACCGGAUUAAAAGAUGCCGGUGCCCAUAGUCUAUAUAGGGAUCUCGAUGACCAUCAAGUAAGAUAACUUGGUUCGAGUAUACAGGCUUGAAAUCUGUUGUCUUUCUCCUACAGCC